AUGGGUAUAAACGUGUACCCAUACCCUGCCCAAGCAGGAGCUCCGCCGGCCGCGCCCAGCCUUCCGCGCUGCGACUACCUCCUCCACGCCCCCGCCGCCGCCGUGCUCGCCUACCUCCUCCACGCCCGCGCCGCCGGCGUGCCCAGCCUGCUCUCCCUCCGCGCGCCGCCGGCGAAGACGCCCUUCCCGCCCCCGCCGUGCUCGCCUACCUCCUCCACGCCCCCGCCGUCGCCGUGCCCAGCCAGCUCUCCCUCCGCGCGCCGCCGGCGAAGACGCCCUUCCUGCCCCCUGCCGUUCGCUCGGGCCCCCCGCCUAGGCGCGCCACCGCCGCGCGCGUUGUCCACGUCGCUGCUCGAGGGCCCCGUGCUGCUCUGGGCCGGAAGGCUCUCAUCCCCGCGCAAUCCCUUCCUCUCCCACGCUAAUCUUGUUUGUUGGAGAUGA